AGCGUACGCUAGCGUGUCGAUCAGCUGACCUCGGAAAGGAAGAGGAAGAAAAAUGGAAGGUAACCGAGACGAAGCAGAAAAAUGUAUAAACAUAGCGAUUAAGGCUGCCGAAGCAGGAGACAAAGAGAAAGCGUUGAAAUUCCUGAAUAAAGCGGAGAAACUAUAUCCCACCGAGAAAGCGAAAGUGCUGCUGGAGGCCCUGAGCCGGAAUGGCAGCUCCACGGGGAACGGCACGUCUUUCCAGCGACCGGGGAACGCGUCCGAGAAUGGCCGGACCGGGGCGGGGGGGCACGGGCAGGAUACGGGGAACGGGGAGCCGGCCAAGGGCUUCACCAAGGAGCAGGUAGAGGGGGUGCAGAGGGUGAAGAAGUGCAAGGAUUACUACGAGGUCCUGGGCGUCAGUAAGGACGCCAACGAGGAGGAGCUGAAGAAGGCCUACAGGAAACUGGCGCUCAAGUUCCACCCCGACAAGAACCACGCGCCUGGAGCGACAGAAGCCUUCAAAAAGAUCGGCAACGCGUACGCGGUCCUCAGCAACCCCGAGAAGAGGAAGCAGUACGACCUGACGGGCGGAGAGGCGCCCGCCAACGCCGGACACGCCCGCGGCGGCGGCGGCUUCGACUUCCACUCGGGCUUCGAGGCCGACAUCACGCCCGAGGACCUCUUCAACAUGUUCUUCGGGGGAGGGUUCCCUUCCUCGAGCGCACACUCCUUCACCAACGGCAGGGCCCGGUACAGCCAGCAGCACCCCACCCACACCAGGCCGGAGCGGGCCGAGGGCCAGGGAGACGGUGGCUUCUCCAUGUUCAUCCAGCUGAUGCCCAUAGCAGUGCUGAUCCUGGUGUCCAUCCUAAGCCAGUUAAUGGUGUCCACUCCCCCCUACAGCCUCUACUCCAGACCGUCGACUGGGCAGACAGUUAAAAGGGCGACAGAGAACCUACGCGUGGAGUAUUACGUCGCCAGAGACUUCAAAUCGGAAUACAAGGGCCCAACUCUGCAGAAGAUCGAGAAAAGCGUGGAAGAGGACUACGUGUCUAAUGUCCGAAACAACUGCUGGAAGGAGAAACAAACGAAGACGGACCUGUUGUACGCAGCCAAGGUCUACCGGGACGAUCGGUUGCGAAAGAAGGCGGAGCUUAUGACCAUGGACAACUGCAAGGAGCUAGACCGGCUAAACCUGCUGUACCGGGGUGGAUGAGCUGCGGCCCCGCGGACCGCUUCACACACGUGCACAUAAAUACGUACAUACGUGUACAUGUAUACUUUUAUACAGAGAGAAUACGUCGACAUAGAAAAGGGGGGGGGGGGGCGGGGGGAAGUUAGCCUUUCUGUGGGAGCUCAUUCGCCCCAUGUUCACAUCCAUUCCACUGCCACCCCCGGCCUCCACAACCCCCCCCCCCCCCAAACACCCUCCACCCCCCCAAGGAAACGGCCUUGCUGCAUCUCUGCGAAUCUCCACAUGCAACCCUCCACCGUCCGUUACUUCAGUUCAUGAUGGCCCAGCAUCUCUAAUCUCCCUACGAUCGCUUUUAAAAAAAAAAAAAAAAAA